AUGUCUUCCGAUUUACGUAUAUUAGUGUCAAAUAAGAUCUCACGCGUCGACCAAUCGCUGGACUACUGGUGCGAAAUACCUCUGCGGACGAAGACUAUCGCCGACUUGAAGGCAGUGUUGGCCGCAAACGAUCGGUUGUCCGCCAAAGACGUGGAUCUCUUCCUAAGAGGCGGUCGUCUCAGAGAUGAGACCAAUAUAUGUAUCGUAAGAGACGAAGACGUGAUCGCCAUUCAGCCGAAGACCACUCCUGUCUCGGAUCAGCGCUCAUCUCUUUGCCAUCAAUUGAACACUUCGUCCGCUUCGGUUGGCACCAAUACUGCCGAGUCUUUCCCUCCGGAAGUGAUGAUAACAUAUAUACAAGAGUUUUCUGUCGACGAAAUGGACACUUCUUCUGCUUCUUCUACUUCUUCGUCGACUACUUUGGUCUCAACGCCGAAGUCAGUGAAGAGACGCUCAAAGAGACGGGUUUUCGGCUCAAAGGGUCGCAAGACUUACAGAUGUAAUGAAGAGAAUUGCGACCGAAGUUAUUACACGCGAAACAAUCUCUUGAGACACAUCCGACUCAAUCAUAGUUUAAGUCUUGUGUCUUACCACAGGUUUAAUCAUAAUUAAUAUUUAAUUAAAAGUUUGUCAACUAAUAAGUGAUGUCU